AUGGGUCAUCUGAUGUCGCCUUCCGAAGAUAUUGCACGAUUCUUUGCCCGGAAAGAAUUCCAUCAAAUGCCACUAGAAGAUAUAAUGCCUGAAAAAUUUUUCGAUACUUAUAGCAAAUUUCUCAAUAAUCCUUCAUUUGUUCACUGUGUAAUAUUUUUGGUGUUGUUAUCCUUACUCGGAGGUUCCAUUUGGACUGCAGUAAAUAUGGAAGAAGAUUUCUCUCCUGAGAAAACUUUUGAUGAACACUCAUUUCUUGCAAAAUCAUUAGCAUCAUUAAACAAAAUUUAUUCUGAUCAUCAAAUUGUCCGAAUAAUAACGGAGCUGCCAGUCUCUGUUUAUUUGUUUAAAAAAAAUAUUCGCGAAAUAAAGAUGUUUAGACACGCAUGCAAAGAUUUCCCCAUUUGGCUUGACAUAUAUGAUUCACUGUAUCAAUCCACAGCAGCAAAUAUGGAUGAAUAUCUCAGGUCAAAAACAUGGCAUGAACGAGCAUAUGUUGUAAAUAAUUUGCGCAAAAUACUUCCUGAAGGCUACUCAAUUUGUGAUAGGAGGUCUGUAUUUAUGGGGAGCAGAAUUAGAUAUGGUUUUCAUGGUGAAUAUUGUAAUGGUAGCAGUUAUCAUUUAUAUCGGAAACGUGGUCGAAAUGAAGUAGAACAUAUGAAGAAAACUCUUCAACUUAUAUCUGGUCCUUCAGCUCAGGCAGCGUUGACAACCAUUGCUUGUGUGAUUCCAUUAUUAUUCCAUGAUGUUUACAUGUACGUUGUAUUCGCUAAAACAGUCGUGCUAUGCAGUAUUUUUGGUUUUCUACAUGCAACAUUCGUGAUGCCAUUGUUAUUUUCAUCAGUUGAAAGAUUAUUUACUUUCAUUUCUUCUGACAAUCAUCCCAUUAGUCUAGUCUCAAGUCAAAUUGCUCUCAAUUUGAUCCCGUCCAGACAACGAAGGCAAAACUCAGGCGAAGGCUCACAAGCACAACCACGCAGACCAACGGUUGAUGACGAUUAUCAAGAGACAACCAGCGUCUAAAA